AGUUACUUAACGCGGUCCAGACCCAUGAGUCUAUACAAAUCGAGGCUGCAACGCGGGUUUAGAUUGGCGGUAAGCAUUUUAUACUCGGAAAUGAAAUGGAAUGCCGAUAAGGUUUUUGAAUCUAAAAUGAUCAGGUUAUCGGUAUUUGAGUUCUCGCCCAAAUAAACAAGCGUAUACAUGAAGAAGAACCUAAUUUAAUUUAUAAUUUCUUUUGAAUACCAAUAGAUAUCAGAUGCGGUGACAAAAACUAAUUGCUGAAAGUUAUUUGUAUUGAAGCAAGGAACCAGCCAACAGAGAAGACCUUCAUAUUGUAAAACGAAUCCAUUUAUAAAAGGAAACAUGGCAGAGACGUAUAGUAAUGAAACUGUUCCAGAGAAAGGAAUAUCUCUAAUUGAAUCUGAGAGGUUACGGCACGAUCUUACAUUCCUAACGCCGUAUGUGUUUUACGAAGCCCUUUUAUUUGUAAUUGGAGUCGUUGGAAAUAUUCUCAUAAUUGGGACUAUCUUGAAAGUGAAAUCAAUGAGAACAUUGCCGAAUGCUUUUGUGUUCAGUUUAGCACUCUCGGACUUAAUGGUCACCGCCAUAUUGCAACCGUUCAUGAUGGUCGGAGCACUGAUGGGAGAACAGUUCAUUCUCAUACAAAGACCCGGGCUAUGUACCGUCAUCACAUAUGUCUGUUUUCAGAGUUGCCUUUCUUCGUGCAGCAACAUCAUGCUUAUCAGUUUCAAUAGGUUCGUCUGCAUCUGUAAGAAUUCGUGGUACUCGAAGAUUUACUCAAAGAAAUCAGUAGCAGUUAUGAUCAUGGCUGCCUGGUUCCAUGGUUUUCUUUGGAACCUCUUUCUGUGGGUUGGAUGGAGCGGCGUCGGCUUCCAGAGGAAACAAUUCACCUGUAUGCAUAACAGUCAUAAGGACUUCAGUUAUACUAUUACUCUUAUCACAGUUCCGAUUCUAACACCUUUAUUUGUAACGGCUGUAGCUUAUUUCAUGAUUUUUCUAAAAGUAAGGGAAUCCCAGAAGAGAAUCCAGGCAUUCGGUAAAAAGAAGGAUAAGAAUCAAGGUACAAG